ACUCCCUCUCUCACUCAUAAUCAGAGAGAGAGAGAGAGGAGAAAUUUACUUUACUCCAUAGUUAGGGUUUUUCACUCCAGUGAAAUCCAUGGCUGACGACGCCGGAGAAAUAGAACUCCGGAGCAGUUCAAGUUCAAGCUCUACAGAGUUAGUAAAGGACCCGAGAACGAAAGCAAGAAAAUAUCAAUUGGACUUAUGUAAGAAAGCAGUGGAAGAAAAUGUGAUUGUGUAUUUAGAAACGGGUUGCGGGAAGACCCAUAUUGCUGCUCUGUUAAUUUAUGAGUUAUGUCACUUGAUUAGGAAACCUCAGAGAAGCAUCUGUGUUUUUCUCGCUCCCACUAUCCCUCUCGUUCUACAGCAAGCAACCGUUAUCGAGGAGUCUACAGAUUUUAAAGUUGCGAGCUAUUUUGGUGGUGGUUCGAAACGCUUGAGGAACCAUGAUGAGUGGGAAAAAGAGAUCGAAGAAUAUGAGGUUCUUGUUAUGACCCCUCGAAUACUUGAACAAAAUUUACACCACUGCUUCAUCAAGAUGGAAUCUAUUGCUCUUUUGAUAUUUGACGAGUGUCAUCAUGCACAAGUGCAGAGUAGUCAUCCUUAUGCGCAAAUCAUGAAGGAAUUCUACAGAACUGAUGAGCCGAAACGUCCCCGUAUAUUUGGCAUGACUGCUUCUCCUAUAGUAGGGAAAGGUGGGUCCAAUGAAGAGAGUCUACCGAAAGGCAUCAAUAGUCUUGAGAAGCUACUUGAUGCAAAGGUUUAUUCUGUUGAAGACAAGUCUGAAUUAGAAAAUUUUGUGGCAUCUCCCAAAGUAAAAUUUUAUUAUUAUGGUCAUGUUGCGAAAGAAAUUUCCACAUGUAACAGUAUCUGUGGUAAAAACCUGAAUGACAUCAAGAACAAGUAUAUGUCAAUGGUAAGAACAAAGACAGAUGAUAUAAGUAGUCUUAAGAGCAAUAAAAAGCUAAUUCAGAGGCUACACGAUAAUCUGAUGUUUUGCUUGAUUCACCUUGGUCUUCUUGGAGCACAACAAGCCGUUGAUAUACUGAUUAGUGGUGAUUACUCUGAGCGGAGUGAAUUGAUAGAGACAGAAGAUAGCUGUUCCAUUGGAGACUCCUUAGCUGAUCAGUAUUUAAAGCAGGCUGCCAUCAUAUUGGGUUAUUACUUCAAAACUGUAGAAUCUGUAGAUGGCAAUGACAGCUCAAAAUCUGGUGAUGGCUAUGAUAUUUCAGACACUGUCAGUUGUAAUGAUAUUGCUGGAUCUGUAGAUGACAAUGAUAAUUAUGAUACCUGGGGGGUACUAGAGGAGCCCUUCUUUUCAAGCAAGUUGUUGGUGCUUAUCGAGCUCCUUUCAAAUUAUAGGCGACAACCAGAUAUGAAAUGUAUAAUUUUUGUGGAUAGGAUCAUUACUGCAAGAUCCUUGUCAUGCAUACUUGGGAACUUGAAAUGUUUAGAGUUCUGGAAGUGUCAUUUCCUUGUUGGACUUCAUUCUGGGUUGAAGAAUAUGUCAAGGAAAAUCAUGGAUUCUGUUGUGGAAAAGUUUCGUAAUGGAGAGCUCAAUCUACUGGUGGCAACCAAAGUUGCAGAAGAAGGACUUGAUAUCCAAACCUGCUGUCUCGUGAUACGGUUUGACCUGCCUCAAACUGUUGCUAGUUUUAUUCAGUCCAGGGGCCGUGCACGCAUGGCACAAUCUGAAUAUGCCUUUUUGGUUGACAGGGGGAACCAGAAUGAACUGAACUUGAUAAAAAGCUUUGUUUCAGAUGAAAAUCGUAUGAACGAGGAAAUUUCGCGCAGAACAUCAGUUGGGACUUUUGACGAAUCUGUGGAAACAACGUAUAAAGUUGAUUCAACUGGUGCCUCUACUAGUGAAGGAUAUAGUGUUUCACUGCUCGCUCGUUACUGUUCCAAACUCCCAGGAGACGAAUUUUUUGAUCCUAAGCCAGAAUUCUUUUAUAUCGAUGAUCCGAAUGGGACAAUUUGUCGCAUAAUUCUUCCUUCAAAUGCUCCAAUUCAUCAAGUUGAUGGUCUAGCCAAGCCUUCAAAAGAAACUGCCAAGAAAAGUGCUUGUCUGAAAGCAUGCGAGAAAUUGCAUCAGGUAGGUGCCUUGACUGAUCAUCUCUUGCCGCGUCAAGACUAUGAAGUUGAAGAUGGAGUGGCAGAGUUUGAAAGCAGUGAAGCGGGUGAAUGUAUGGUUCAACUGCAUGAGAUGCUUAGCCCUGCUGCUCUUAAAGUACCAUGGACCAAUUCCGGAAAUCCUAUCCUCUUGAACUUUUACUUUAUAUGGUUUGUUCCGGUUCCAGAGGAUAGGGUGUACCAACAAUUUGGUCUUUUUGUCAAAACACCUCUUCCUGUAGAAGCUGCAUCCAUGGAACUUGAUUUACAUCUGGCUCGUGGUAGAAUUGUACAAACACGUCUUGUCUCAUCAGGGGUGAUUGAAUUUGAUGAAGAAGAGAUUGUGCAGGCAGAAAAUUUUCAGGAGAUGUUUCUCAAGAUCAUUCUUGACCGUCCAGAUUUCUUUUCUGAUUUUGUUCCGUUGGGGAUGAGUGAUAUACGACAAGGAAGCCCACCAUCCUUUUACUUGUUGCUACCUUUGAAGCAGAACAAAUAUGAAAAUGAGCUUUUCAUUGAUUGGGAUUUAAUUAGAAAUUGCUUAUCUUCAGCAGUCUUCAGAAGUCCAAAAGUUUCCUGUGACAGUCUUGUAACCCCUGUUCCGCCUUGUGAGUCUUUGGAAUUCGCUAAUGGUUCUGUGAGUAGAAGCGAUUUCUUGAAUAGUUUGGUGUUCACUCCGCACAACAAGCUAUUUUUCUUCGUUGAUGACAUUCUUCACGGAAUAGAUGCAGAGAGUCCAUUUACGAGUGAACAUCAUUCAAGCUACACAGAGUACUACAUUGAAAAGUUUGGUAUUCAUCUUUUACACCCCAAACAACCUCUUCUGAAGGCAAAACAACUAUUUUCCUUACGGAACCUGUUGUGCAAUCGAGUACAACAAAGUAAAGCUGUCAAUGCAGAGACACGUGAACUGGAGGAGCACUUCGUUGAAUUGCCUGCAGAGCUGUGUGUGCUAAAAAUAAUGGGCUUCACUAAGGAAAUGGGAAGCUCCAUGUCGCUACUACCUUCGUUAAUGCUACGGCUGGAAAACUUGCUCGUGGCAAUUGAGUUAAAAGAAAUAUUUUCUGCUUCAUUUCCUGAAGGGUCUGAGGUUACUGCUCAUCGUGUACUAGAGGCACUCACUACAGAAAAGUGUGCUGAGCGGUUUUCAUUGGAAAGGCUUGAAAUUCUUGGUGAUGCGUUUCUCAAGUAUGCAGUUGGCAGGCAUCUUUUUCUUUUGUAUGACACUCUUGAUGAGGGACUGCUAACACGGAAGCGUUCAUGUAUUGUGAAUAAUUCCAAUUUAUACAAUCUAGCAAUCAGAAAAAAUUUACAGGUGUAUAUACGUGAUCAAAUGUUUGAUCCUUGCCAGUUUAUUGCUUUUGGGCGUCCUUGUAAGGUGAUGUGUGAUGAGGAUACAAAAGACACUAUUCAUCCUCGUCAAGAAUCGGAGUCCAUGGAAGGUGAAACAAAUACUGUUCAUGUUCGAUGCAGUAAGGGGCACCAUUGGUUACAUAAGAAGACUAUCGCAGAUGUGGUGGAAUCCCUGGUUGGAGCCUUCAUUGUUGAUAGUGGAUUUAAAGCCGCAACUGCAUUUCUAAAGUGGGUUGGCAUAAAAGUUGAAUUUGAUGCUUUUGAAGUUACUAGAGUGUGCAGUGCAAGCAAGAGCUACAUGUCACUUGGUGAGGUUGUAGACACUGAUGUCCUAGAAAGUUUGUUAGGAUACAAGUUUCUGCAUAAGGGUUUACUUCUCCAGGCAUUUGUGCAUCCUUCCUACAACAAACAUUCAGGUGGAUGCUAUCAGAGGCUGGAGUUUCUUGGAGAUGCCGUCUUGGAUUACUUAAUAACAUCAUAUCUGUAUUCAGUGUACCCAAAACUAAAGCCUGGACAGUUAACUGACUUAAGAUCAGUUACCGUUAAUAAUAAUUCCUUCGCCAGAAUAGCAGUACGUCGUUCAUUCUAUAAGCAUCUCAUCUGUGAUUCUGAUAGCCUCUCUGCAGCAAUCAGAGAGUACGCAAAUUAUGUCCAGACAUCUGCUUCAAAGAAGGACUGCCAUCUACAGGAGCCAACAUGUCCAAAGGCUCUUGGUGACCUAGUUGAAUCUUGUGUUGGAGCCAUGCUUCUUGACACCGGGUUUAACCUAAACUUCAUCUGGAAAAUUAUGCUCUCCUUCUUUGACCCCAUCAUGAGCUUCUCGGGGCUGCAGCUUAAUCCUGUUAGAGAGCUUCAGGAACUUUGCCAAUCACUGAAGUGGGAAGUGCAGUUUCCAAAUAUAAAAAAAGGUGGCAUUUACUUAGUCCAAGCUGAACUGAGAGGGAAAAGUGUUAUAGGGAAAGAUGUUCAUUUAACUAGUUCUGCAACAAACAUCAGCAAAAAGGCUGCUAUGAGAUCAGCGGCAAAAGUGAUAUUCUCAAAAUUGCAAGCUCAAGGUUAUAAACCUAAAAAUAAAACGCUGGAAGAAAUUUUGAAGUCAAGUAUCAAACAAGAGGCAAAGCUUAUGGGAUACAAUGAAACUCCCACCCAAGGUGUCGCUACAGAUUCUGAUCUACUUGAAAAUUUUGAAAGACUGUGUGUGUCAUCAUCUGCAGAUGACAAUAACAUUAGUAAGGCUAUCAAUAAAGGGCCUACCGCUGGUACCUCCUACCAAAACUUGCCAGCAUCUCCUAUCAUAACAAAGAAAAGGAGGCAAACUGAGAAUCAUAAAGAUGGCAGCUGUGACAAAGCUUUAGCCAAUGACACAGCUAUAUUGACCUCUUCCAAAGGAUCAGCGAAAUCUCGUCUGUUCGAGGCAUGUGCGUCCAAUUAUUGGAAUCCUCCAUCUUUUGAGUGCUGCAGCGAAGAAGGCCCGUCCCACCUGAAGAUGUUCACUUACAAGGUCACUGUAGAUAUAGAGGGUGCCUCAGGCACAACUUUAGAGUGCUUCAGCGAACCACGAGCAAAGAAGAAAUCUGCAAUGGAGCACGCUUCAGAAGGGGCAUUAUGGUAUCUGCAGGGGGCUGGCCAUUUAUUGUCAAAUUAAGAAAAAUUUGCCUAGGCGCAUAAUGUUGUUUGUAAUUAUGGUCUUAGCUUGUGUAUCAGGUAGUAAUCUCUUUUUUGGUAUAGGGCCCUUACCAGAAGGGUAUAUAUUAAGUAGUUAAACCUGUUAGAAGGAAAAAUAUAGGGAGUCUUCCUUUUGAUACAAUGAUGACUAAUCAUAUUCUGUAAAUAUAUAUAAUAUAUAUAUAACCAGUAUCGGUAUAGGAAAGUAUAGGAGAAUUUAGCUUGAAGAAAAAAUUAGUAGGAAGACUGGAAUAUCAUAUAUAUGUGUGAGGAUUAAAUUUAUAUAGUGAUCUUGUUGCUCUUU